AUGAAACCCCACCUGGACCCGGAGAGCCUUCCACAGGGGCCACCGCCGUAUUUAGUUGUGUGUCGCUCCGCUGCUAUGGAUCCUCAGCAGCCUGCAUUUUGCCUGAUGAAGCGAUUCUGUCCCUGCCUCAUGCUGCUGCCUCUGCCAAGUCAGGACUGGAGCAAGACUGAUGAACGGCUGUUGUUGGCUGUGGAGCAGAAUGACCCCGACAAGGUGUCUGCCCUCAUCGUCAAAAAAGGCCUCUGUCCCACAAAGCUGGAUGCUGAGGGCAAGUCAGCCUUUCACCUGAGCGUAUCCAGGGGUCGGCUAGACUGCCUGGAGGUAAUCAUCUCUCAUGGAGCAGACAUAAGCGUCACUGAUGGGGCUGGUUUCAGUGCCCUUCACCUGGCAGCCAAAAAUGGCCAAUCGGAAUGUUUAAAAGUAUUAUUGCAGGAGAAACUGGCAGUAGAUUGUGUUGACAGCUUUGGAAGGACAGCACUUCAUUAUGCAGCAAUCAGUGGCUGUUUGUCCUGCACCGAGACUCUGUGGGACUUUAAAGCUAACCUGGACGUCAGGGACAGUGACGGGGCCACGCCGCUCAUCUUAGCGGCCCAGAUGAGCAGAGUGGAGCUGUGCGUCUUUCUGUUGGGUCGAGGUGCCAACGCAAACACACGAGACAACCAAGGAAGGUCGGCCCUGAUGCUCGCCUGUGAGAGUGACAGCAUCGAGACCGUGGAGGCUCUCCUGAGGGGCGGGGCCGACGCACAGCUGGAUGACUCUCUGGGCCAAAAAGCCGCCGACUACUGCGCGACAGGAAGCCAGCGCAUCGUCCGGAUGUUACAGGACGGAGUACCACCAGCCUCUGAAGGUCCAAGCGAAGAGCCCCCUCAAACUCCCUCAGGCAAUUCGUCAGUGCAAGGUGGGACUACACCCCGUAAACGGAAAGCUCCUCCGCCGCCCCCCUCUCCCAUCCAGAUCCAGCCUCGGAGUCCUGAACCCCAGAAGGCUUCUCCUCUGCCUCAGCGAUUAGUCCAGACAGAGGACGAAGAAGUGUUUGAAGAGAUCCGACGGCUGCGUCUGGAAAGAGGCCAGCUGCUUCAGAAAAUCAAAGCCUUGGAACAGCAGCAGCAGAGUGCCCUCUCCGCUCUGGAGGAGCUGCAUCAGCUAAAACAGCAUCUGCAGGAGGCGGAGGCAGAGAGGGAUAGGUUACUGGAAGCGCUGAAGGGGGGGCAUGGAAUGGGGGCCAGUGAUUCUGAGGACAUGGAUGAAAUGCUGGACUUCCCAGCAAAGCUUCUUUCUAAACACUCCAGAGACACUGAUGCCCAGGAUGAGGCCGCCUCUAAAACUAUCGGCCCUUCUGCAGAGCCAGGAACGGUUUCUGAGCUGCGUAAACAAAUAGAGGAACUCACUUCCCAGAACUUAGAACUCAUGCUUAAAGUACAGAUGCUGGAGACAUUUGAGAAGGAUGACACAGACAUGCAGGCCGCCAGUUCAGUCUCUGUUCCCCUUGUUCAGUAUGAGACCCUCAGAAAGGAAUUCGAAGCUCUCCAGGACCGUCUCUCUCAGGCCCGGGCCUUAGAGGAGGCCUCCAGUGUAGCUGGGGACCAAGGAAGUGAGAAGUUUGAGGAUGAAGCCAGCACGAUGGCUCUGAAGGAGAAGCUGGUUGGACUGGAGGAGGAGUUGGUUUCCUCCCGGUCAGAGCUGGAGGAGCUAAAGGAGCAGAUGCGUCUCGGGGUGCUUUCCGUGGACUGCGACGAAGGGGGGGAUCCGAGCCUAGAGGUGAAGCAGCUGAGAGCCAGGGUGAUGCAGCUGGAGGAGGAACUUCGCGAAAACCAAGCGAAGGUAGAAGAUGAGACGGUCAGUCGGCUGACCGAGAAAGUGAAGGAACUCCAGGCCGCUCUGACCCAGAAGGGAUCUGGACGGGAGGCGGAAGGGGACGAGGAAACGGUUAGCUCCCUUCGGGACAGGGUCGCCGAGCUGGAGGCGGCCCUGGGGAACGAGGCGGCGGCCAGAGACGGAGAUCAGGUCCGGCGUCUCCAGGAGCGUCUGGGUGAGAUGGAGGCCCAGAUGAGGAAGUGCGUGCCCCGCUCCGAGCUGGAGGAGGUGCAGGUCACCCUCGGGCUGCAGUGCGAGCAGCUGGCCAGGGAAAGGGCCGACGUGGCCAGGAGGCUCAACGACGCCCUCCUGGAGCUGGACAGCCUCCGACCUCCGGCGUGCGGAGAUCAUGGCGACGAGGAAGAGGAGGAGGAAGAGCACUCAGAGAGCUCAGAGCCCUCAUUUGCGUCAGAGCCCUCCAGGCGUACGUUGGCGGCCGUGAGGAGGGAACUGGACGAGGCCCGGCAGGAGGCGGCCCAGGCCCUGGACUGCCUGUGCGCGGAGCGGGAGGGCCGGGCGCAGGACGCCCUGCAGCUGAACGACGCUGUGCCGCUCUCCAAACACCAGGAGGCCCUGUCCGCCGCCUCGCAGCGGCUGUCCGAGGCGCUGCAGGAGCUCCAGAAGGAGAAAACACUGAGGGCCCAGGCCGAGGAGCUGACCGCCGAGCUCCAGGCCAAACUGCAAGCCGGGCAGGACACCGUUCCCAAAGAAGAGCACGAAAAAGUCAAAGCAGAGCUCCAGUGCGCCCUGGAGGCCAGUGAGAGGAGUGCGGCGGCGGCCCGGGACGCUCUGAGCGAAAAGGAGACGGAGCUGAGAGAGCUCAGGUCCCAGAGGGCCGCGGAGCAGGGCCUGAUCUCCAAGGAGGAGCACGAAGCCCAGCGGCUCGCCCUGCAGGCCGAGAUCAACGCCGCCACCGCGCGCUUCAACGAUCUCACCCGCAAACACGAGAAGACGUGCACUGAGGUGUUCCAGGUGCAGAGGGAGGCCCUUUUCCACAAGAGUGAGCGCCAAGCGGCCGAGUCGCAGCUGGCCACGGUUCAGCAGCAGCUUACUGAGCUGCAGAGCCAGUCCGGCCACGUCCAGGAACUCCACAAAGACAUCCAGGAGUCCCAGGGCCUGGUAAAAGAGAAGGACCGCAAGGUCACUGAGCUGUCCAAGGAGGUGUUCAGGCUAAAAGAGGCGCUGGGAGCUCUCACUCCUCCCCUCGGCUUUGCAUCCUCCUCUUCGUCGUCCGCACAGGUCGGUAACCCGGGGCAACAGAUGGCGCUGCAGAAUAGGAUCUCCAUUCUCAACCAACAGCUGCAGGAUUGGGAGAGAAAACACAAGCAGGUUGUGGCUGUGUACCGCUCCCAUUUGCUGGCCGCCGUGCAGGGCCGCAUGGAUGAGGAAGUGCAGCAUCUGCUUCUUCAGAUUCUGAGGAUGACACAGCAACGACACUAAACCGGCCCCGCAUGAACUAACCCGUCGGACCAGACCUGGUACACAAAGCCAAAACACAACAAACCCGUGUGGUCAGACGUUGCUGCAUGCAUGAUCUAAAUACACUUAAACAAUAGCCUUAAUGCUUUGAGCCAUCACCAAACAACUGAGAGAGAGUUGAAUAUGGAGUGCCUUUAUUACCUGUGGGGACUUUAUGGUAGAAAGGUACGAGUGGAUACAGUGUUUACUUUGAGAAUAGAAGAGGCUGUGUGCCAGUGGCAAGUUGACUGAUUUUAUAUGAUGUUGUUACAAUAAAAAAAAAAAAGAUUAAUGUCUCUGCUGGUGUUCUUUUUGUGCCAUUUUUCAUGACAGUUGAUGCACAAAUUCAA